AAAUUCCGUUGAACUCCUAUAAAUGUCGGAGGAGUCGUGUGUACGACUCUCUUCUCUGAGUGUAACUUGGUGCUGAUUGUACUCGUCUCUGGUUGGGUGUCAAGCUAACCGUUCACAAUCGUUAAAAUUCCAAUAAAGCAUUGAGAACUCUACCCGCUGGUAAUUUAAUUAUUUAACAGCUUAUAUAAAGAAAAUAUUAAAAUAAUUAAUAUAAAAUAAAUAUGUGGAAACAAUGUAGCGUAGUGUUAGUGUAUAAUAAGUGCAUAACAUAAAAGAAAAACAACUUAAAAUGCAAAUAUCUCGAAAACUAUAAGUUUCCUGCGGCUAUAAUUAUAUAUAUUCUUUAUUUGGAAAAUCUCCUCUAUCCAACCAUUUCCCUCUUAACACUGAAAUCGUAGGAUGGUAUACUAAAGUUAUAUAUUUGUGUCACUCCAAUUCCACACAAAAAAAUUGUACCGUUUCGCACACAGUCUUUGAAUGUGAACUUAGUAUUUGUCUCUGAUAUAACCGAUGGAUCAUGCUUUUGUGUUUAUAAAUCGAAUUUAAACUAAUCGAUAGUUUUUGAACCAUCGCAAAUUUGUAAGGCCAACUCACUGAAGUCUUCUAAAAUUGUAUAAGUAUAGAUUUAUACAAUGUGGAUUGCAAAUAUGUUUUUAAGAUUAAUUAUUUUGAUUAGCACUUACAAUCUUGUUAUUGGUGUUAUGUUUAAUAUAAAGCCAAAUGCUCAAAAGUGUUUAAAGGAAGACAUUCAACCAAACCAGUUGGUUAAAGGAGAAUAUGAAGUGACCACUGUCCCUGGCCAAUUGAUUGACUAUAUUGCUAGAGAUACCAAAGGGCACAUAUUGUCGAAAGGUGAGCUUAUCACGAAAGGAAAAUUUACUUUUAUGUCUGAGGUCUAUGAAACCUACGAAAUCUGCUUCAUUUCAAAAGUUCCGCCACAUCAAAGGGGAAUUGAACAGGAAAUUAAAUUAGUCACUAAAAAAGGAGUGGAGACAAGAAGCUAUGAAGGGAUACAAGAAGCAGCAAAGCUCAAACCGAUGGAAGUGGAACUGAAACGGUUGGAAGACUUAUCGGACUCAAUUGUCAGAGACUUUGCGUUAAUGAGAAAACGGGAAGAAGAAAUGAGAGAUACAAAUGAGAAAACCAAUAGUCGUGUACUAUUUUUCAGCAUAUUUAGCAUGUGUUGCUUACUUGGUCUAGCUACAUGGCAAGUUUUAUAUUUACGCAGAUAUUUUAAAGCAAAAAAGCUUAUUGAGUAAUGAAACUGAAAUUUUUGUAAGUUCUUGGGUAUUAAGUUGAAAUUUACUCAAAAAUUAAUUACUACCUUGGUAAUAAAGAAUAUCAUAACAAUAAAGGUAUAACAAAUAUUCCUUCGUGCAAAUUUUAUUGCCUCGAGAGGAUGAUAUGUA